GCAGGUUUGUUGCCAUGGAGUUUACAUUCUGACUCUUUGAAGUUAAGAAGUGCAAAGGUAACCGUUUGUUUUUCAUUCAAAGAUUUGGCAAAAAGAUUGGCUGUUGCACUUCUUCUGGAACAGCCUGAUUGGUAGGAUUCCUUUAAGGGCUCAGCCCCGAAGUGUUUUAUCCCAUCUCCUCACCAACUUGAAAACAAAAAGCUUGCUGGGAACCUCUGGAAGCAAAACUGCAGGGCUCCAUCAUUUCACACAAAUGGCUAAUCCUGGAGGUGGUGCUGUUUGCAAUGGGAAUCUACACAAUCACAAGAAACAGAGCAAUGGCUCACAAAGUGGAAACUGCAGGAAGAAUGGGAUCAUUAAAGAAGACCAGCAAAAUGGAAAGCCACAUUGUUAUAAGCAAAUUGUUGAAUCCUUUGAGGAACCACCUCUUCAUGUUAUGGUUUUCACGUACUUGGGAUAUGGAAUUGGAACCCUGUUUGGCCAUUUCAGAGACUUUUUGAGAAAAUGUGGGAUAGAAAAAUGCAACACAGCUAUAGAGCGUGAAAAACAAAGAGAUUUUGUGCCACUGUAUCAAGACUUUGAGAAUUUUUACACAAGGAACCUUUAUAUGCGAAUCAGAGACAACUGGAACCGACCCAUCUGCAGUGCCCCAGGACCUCAGUUCGAUAUAAUGGAGAGGGUGUCAGAUGACUACAACUGGACAUUUAGGUUUACUGGAAGAACCAUCAAAGAUGUCAUCAACAUGGGCUCCUAUAACUUCCUUGGCCUCGCAGCCAGGUAUGAUGAAUCUAUGAGGACAAUAAAGGAGGUUUUAGAGGUAUAUGGCACAGGUGUAUCCAGCACCAGACAGGAGAUGGGUACCUUGGAUAAGCAUAAAGAAUUGGAAGACCUUGUGGCUAAGUUCCUGAAUGUAGAAGCAGCAAUGGUCUUUGGGAUGGGAUUUGCAACUAACUCAAUGAAUAUCCCUGCACUAGUUGGAAAGGGAUGCCUCAUUUUAAGUGAUGAGCUAAAUCACGCAUCUCUUGUUCUUGGGGCUCGACUCUCAGGUGCAACCAUAAGGGUCUUCAAACACAACAACUCACAAAACCUAGAGAUGCUCCUGAAAGAUGCAGUAAUUUAUGGCCAGCCACGAACCCACAGAGCUUGGAAAAAGAUUCUUAUCCUUGUGGAGGGCAUCUACAGCAUGGAAGGUUCCAUAUUGCACCUGCCCCAGAUCGUGGCUCUGAAGAAUAAAUACAAGGCUUACCUCUACAUAGAUGAGGCUCACAGCAUUGGGGCUGUGGGUCCUACCGGCCGAGGUGUCGUGGAUUUCUUUGGAAUGGACCCUCGAGAGAUUGAUGUGUUGAUGGGCACAUUCACCAAAAGUUUUGGAGCUGCAGGAGGUUACAUAGCUGGAAGGAAGGACCUUGUGGAUUAUUUGCGGGCUAAUUCACAUAGUGCUGCUUAUGCCACAUCCAUGAGUCCCCCGAUAUCAGAGAAAAUCAUCACCUCAAUUAAAUUCCUCAUGGGAGAUGAUGGGUCCACGCAAGGAUUGCAGAGAAUACAACAACUUGCAAAAAACACAAGAUACUUCAGAAAGAAGCUAAGUGAAAUGGGAUUCAUUGUUUACGGCAAUGAAAAAUCACCUGUUGUUCCUGUGCUGCUUUAUAUGCCUGGUAAAGUAGCGGCUUUUGCAAGAAGUCUUUUACAGAAAAAAAUCGGGGUAGUGGUCGUUGGGUUUCCAGCCACGCCUCUUGCUGAAGCCCGGGCUCGAUUUUGUAUUUCAGCAGCACAUACACGAAAGAAUUUAAACACAGUCUUGGAAGCCCUUGAUGAAAUUGGUGAUCUCUUGCAGCUGAAAUAUUCCCGACACAGGAAGUCAAUGCGCCGUGAACCCUAUGAGGAGACAAGCUUUGAACUUGAUGAUUAAAUCUUCCUAUUCUGAAUGGAGUGUAAAGAUUUUGCCAAAAAAGACCUCCCUC